AAUACUAUUCUAAUUAUUGUCGUAUCGGGCAAUAAAUCAUGAUUUCCUAUAUGUGUACAUAUGUGCAUAUAUUGAGCAUACGAAAUAAUUUUAGCUCCCGCUCACGCGCUCAUCUCCGAGUGUCCUUUUGGCAAGCAUCCAAAAAUUGCCAAACUGGCCUCCAUCCAGCGAAUGCACUUUUGCAAAUUUCAUCUCAUCUAAUCCCUGGAACAUAGCCUAAUCCCUCGAAACAGGCAUAAACGUGUCGACAGUUUCGGGGAAAUUGGCGAAUUUUAAUUAACCGCGUGAACCCGUAAGGAGUGGAACCCGAACUCGAAGCUAAAGCUACCCGUAGCCAUGGACACCACGGUCUCCGUUCAGUGGAGGAGGAUGGGCUAGGGGUUGGGUUGGGUAAACAGCGAUUAACAUUGUUUUGAUUUAUGCCGCCUCCCCCCAGCAGCAUCACUGGACUCACGCCCAUGCCCCAUCCCACCAAAAAUGCCUAUGACAACGUCAAGAGAUACCAUCCCACUCCGACGCCUUGGUUCCUUGUGGAGAACCAUUUACACUUCACCGGGCCUUUCAAACUAUUCAAACUCCAGCUCCAGCAACAGCUCCAACCUCAAACCCUUUUGGGCGAAGCGAACACUCUUAUCUGUUGCACACAGACUUGGGCCGGGUCUCAGGAUUUGCUCAGGAUGCUAAUGAAGCGAUGCGGAUGUGCAUGGCAUUGUCUUUCGGAGUACAGGGCCAGGCGUACAGACUCCUGGUUCAAAGUUUGCCCAGCUCUUUCCAGGAAAGUUUUCUUUAUUUGUGUAAUAAUCCAAAGAAAUAUGCUCGCUGGCUACAAUGUACGAGUAUUUAAGGGGGCAUAGGAAUUAACUCAGAAUGGGGUAUAUCCUAUAAAUAU